AUGAGCAUUCUCGACGACUCGGACAUAAUUCAAGCUUUCAAAGUAAAAGCACCAAUAUCACUCACGUAUGAUGAUCAAUUAUAUGAAAGCGUCGCAAUCGAAGUAAAGAUCCAAGGACGACGCUUUAGAAAAUUAUUAAACAGAAGUUACUUGAACAGUAAAAGAUCCUCAAAUGUAGCGAGUGAGAUAAUUGAUUAUAUUCAUGAAAUAAACUCGGUAAAUUUACCAGAUACUGAAAAAAAACGAGUUUUUUAUAAAUUGAAGAAUUCUUGUUCUCGAAUUGUUGAUGAGUGCAAAAAUUUAAGCAACGAAUAUGAGGAGAUUACCAAAAGCUUGGCAAAUAUAUACGAACAAUUACGUACCGCCCAACGUAAAAAAAUUGAAUCUUACGCGCCUGACUAUCCAAACGAUCCAUUCUACAAGUUACACUUAUUAUUCAUCAACAAGUUACACUUAUUCAUCAACAAGUUGCAAUUAUUCAUCGUCGAGAACGUGCCAUUUUUAUCAUACGCUAUACAAUUUUAUAAAAAGCAAUCUUCAUCCAUAGAUUUGAGAUCUCGAUAUGAAGCGAUUACCAAAAGCUUGGCAAAAAUAUACGAACAACUACAUGCUGCCCAACGUAAAAUAAUUGAAUAUAUCGCAAAAUAUCAUCGCUCUUCUGUAUUUUCUAGACUUUCGAAAAUAAUUGAUCUAUUAGGUCAAAUUUACGCGCCUGACUAUCCAAAUGAUCCAUUCUACGAGCAACAAUUAAUCAUCGUCGAGCGCGUGACAUCUUUAUCAUGCAUCACACACUUUUAUAAAAAGCUAUCUACAUCCACGGAUUUGGGAUCUCGAAGUGGAAAUUCAUCUGAUGCGUUGCUUGUUAUAAAUAAAUCUACAUCCACAGGUUUUGAAUCUCGAAGUGAAAAUUCAUUUGACGCGUUACUUUCUAUAAAGAAAUUGCAAGAUAAUUUAGACAUUAUAGUUCAGUUAGUAAAAGAUUUUGAAAACUACUGGGUGACUAUUGACAAACAGAUAAACAAAACAUCAAAUAUAAAGCGUCAUUAUGCUUCAAUUGAUAGAUUAACGAAAAAUUUAGAUCAGGAAGAAGUAAACUUAAUUAUUGAAGAAUGGGAAACAUUACAUCAUUUAUUUGAGUCGUAUGCCACGGAUAUUAAUAAAGUUUUAGACCACACUUUGUAA